AUUCCAGACGCUGAACUCAGCAUUGGUAUGUCCAUAGUGUAGUGGAAAUCCGAGCUGGAUCUGUUCAGAGCCGCGCACUUGUCAGAUAGUUCAGGCCUGGCAUCAGCAGGGCAUCUCACCACCAUUCGAACCUGAGCAGACGCGCCAUCCCCAGACAUGCAAAUGCAGUAUUCGCGGUCUGUCGACGAUGUGCUGAUGAUGAAGGAAAUGGACUUCUUUCCUGACCUAGUGAUGGCAAGAUAUCAGACUGGGGACAGACUCGAACUGGUGUCUCAGAGAUUUACUGGCGAGACCACAUAUAAGGAACAAAUUAUUUUGGACGUUUGGACAGAACGGGGGCAGAGCAGUCGCUAUAGAUUCCUGUACCGUGCGGAUCUUUACGCAGACAAGGUAUCGAAUCUGAUGGGAAAACGCCUGAUAAUGGCAACCUUCACCUAUCGUCCGUACAGCAUCACUGACUUUGACGCCAACCCUCCGGUCUUCGACGGUACUGAAAAUCGCAUAGCGCUGGAGUUCUGCAAAAAACUAAACGCCACGUUCGACGUCAGCGUCGAUGCUGAGAACGAAUGGGGAGAGAUUUACGAAAACUACACUGGAAAUGGAAUAUUGGGAACCGUUGUGGAGGACAGGGCGGAUGCCGGAUACGGUGCCAUCUAUCUGUGGAGCAACGAGUAUCAGUACGUGGACUAUUCCUUCCCGUACAUCCGAACAGGCAUCACUUGCGUUGCGCCAAGACCUGACCCGUUAGCCGGCUGGCUGACCCCUGUGCUACCCUUCACUCUCACCUCCUGGGUUGCGGUCAGUGUCUCGGUGGUCGCGUCCACGUUGUCUCUCUUUCUCGUUACGAAAGCCACGGAGAGGUUUCCAAGUUCAGACACGAACGUGCAGUCGGGUUCAGGGAGGUACACGUCAAUCUGGGACUGUGCCUUCAACGCCUUGGGGCUCCUCGUGCUGCAGACGCCUCCCGAUGAACGCAGAUCCACGCGACUCGUCGGCCCCAACCGACACGUCCUGGUGUGGCUGACCGUCAUGUUCUUACUCAUAACAACGAGCUACAGCAGUGGCCUGGCUUCAGUCCUCACCAUACCCAGGUUUGGGCCUCCGAUUGAAACAGUGGCUGACCUGGCCGCUAGCGAUGUGCCUUGGGCUGCUACUCAUCCUGCCUGGAUUUUUUCUAUGCGCGAGAGCCGUGACCCACUGACUCUACGCGUCAUUUCCCAGUUCCGUGUCAUGAAGAACGAGGAAUUAAAGAAGCGCUCUUUCAAGGGAGAUAUCGCCUUCUCCAUCGAGCGCCUUCCGGCUGGUCACUAUGCCGUCGGAGAUUACAUCACGGAAGAAGCAGCAGCAACGAAGCUUCGACUUAUGAAGCAGGACCUGUACUUCGAAUAUGUUCCCACGGUCGUUCGCAAGGGAUCGCCGUACUUGGCGAAGCUCAACAAACUUAUACACAGCCUUCUAGACUCUGGACUUAUGCUCAAGUGGGAAGAACAGCCUGAGCUGAUCUGGAAAUAUGGUUACCCAGUAGAGAAACAUGUUGUGCAAACUGAAGAUGGAUACCUGCUUACACACUUUCGUAUUCCCCAUGGACGGUCCGGUGCCACUACAAGAGGGGGGCGUCCAGUCAUCCUCCAGCACGGAAUAUUAAGUGCCUCUGAUAUAUGGAUCCUUAUGGGACGAGAGAAAUCCCUAGGAUUCAUUCUGGCAGAUGCUGGCUAUGACGUUUGGUUGACAAACAUCCGAGGAAACAGGCACUCGCGGAAACACGUGACCUUAUCACCUGACAAUGCCAAGUUUUGGGAUUUCAGUUGGCAUGAAAUGGGAUACUUCGAUAUUCCAGCUACAAUUGACCAUAUCUUUGCUACUACAGGACAGAAGGUAUACUACAUUGGUCAUUCAAUGGGUACUACCAUAUUGUUUGUGAUGACUUCAACCCGACCCGAAUACAACGAGAAGUUAAGGCUAGCGACUGCUCUUGCACCCGUUGCUUUCCUCUGGAAUCUACGCCAUAGACUUCUAAAACCCCUGAUUCCAGUCAGCAGACAGAUAGGAUAUGCACUGGAACAAACAGGAACGUGGGAAUUAUUUCCAUACAGCACAAAAUUUGCAAAUUUCGUAGGACAUCUGUGUCAUGAUGGGGCUCCUACACAGCUACUUUGUGUUCUAGCGUAUUUCUUGGCCUAUGGAGAUGAUAGUGAACGAGUGAACAAGACUCUGCUGCCUAUUUACUUCUCUCAUCUUAUCGCUGGAACUUCUGCAAAAUCUGUUGAACACUACGCACAAAUUGUAAGAUCAGGUAAAUUUCGGGAAUUUGAUUAUGGACCAACAAGGAACAUGGUACAUUAUAGACAAACUGAACCUCCCAACUAUAAUCUGAAGAACAUAACUGCACCUGUAGCCUUAUAUUAUGGCACAGGAGAUCUACUUGUCAGUCCAGAGGGUGUCCGACACCUGUCAGAUCAGUUACCUCAUCUGGUGGGUAUGACACGAAUUCCACCUCCAAAGUUCAAUCACAUAGAUUUUAUAUUGGCAAAUGAUGCUAAGCAUCUUGUCUUUGACCGUAUUCUGAACCUUAUGACUGUUUACUGAUGACACUGGAUAAAAAGAUUUUAAAGGGGGGGGGUUCUGGAUAUUUAAUGUCCUUUAUAGACUUUGAGCCAGUAAUACCAAAUAUGUCGACAAAUAUUCUGUAGCAUAUAGGGUUUUUCUCUCAGAAAUAAGCAAAUAAACUUCCUAAUGUUUAGGAAUUUAGAGCUUCUAUUUACUAUAAUGCUAGAGCUGAUGGAGAAAAUGCAAUUGUAAAUGUUUCUUUACUUUCUCUUAGGAUAAUAUGUAACACAUUAAAGGCAAAUAAAUCUGUAACAAAUUGUU